CAGGCUGAGGUUGGAUUAGACUCUUGCGCUCCGCUUGUUACCGUUGUAGUGAACCUCAUUGCGAUGCAAGGUCUGGAGAAAAGUAUUUCAUAUUACGCAACAAGCUGACUUUUCGUUGUAGGAGGAAGCAAAAAAGAGGAAUGCUAUAAUGCACGAAUGUUUUUUUCACACUAGGGGGUAUUCGCACACGUCCGUUUCGUUGGAAAGAUGUUUUACUGUCGUAGAAUGAGAACGAUCAUGUCCGCUAAGUACUUCCGGGUCAUUUUCCUCGGACAACUGUAGUAUAGGAAAAAAUGAGAACCAGAAGAGGCCCUACAAAAUAUGACGUUCAAUAAUUAUAUCAGGAUAUUAACAUAAGGAAAUUGGUCUUACCCUAUCUUUCAUGCAGCGCGAUCGGGUCACCGACGCUACAGAGGAACAGUAGUUGAAUUGAGACACAACCAAAGACACUGUUUGAGUGUAUGUAAGAGACAUGAGAUGAGGCCCGGAACUUGGCCACGCACGAUCACAGUAACUGGUCCGCAAAUUAUGACGUCUUCUAUUCCAAGGUGGUAAAGGACGUUGCAAAACGUAAAAACAAAAUUAAAAAACAAGGUAAAGUCUUCGUUUAGAAAUCAAGGAAGUUCGUUAUUUUAAGUGGACGCCGAUUAGUUUAACAGCGAACUGGAUUUAAACGGCAUAAGGGAGCCGUGUACAACUUGGACACUUUUUGUAUCACCAAGAAGUCACUUACAGGGGUGCUGGCAUUAUUUCGAGAUACCCCAAUGAUACACUGCAAGAGGACGAUGGCGACUGUGUUGUAUGGUAGAACCAGGCUGGUGACUUAUCUCCCUGGGCUUAAUGCUCUGGUGCAGCAUAUUGCCAGCACCGUGGGCUUCUCUACUAUUGGAUCUUAUAGCUCUGGUGAUCCCCAUGGAGCACUCGCUACUUCCAAAAAUGGACCACUUAGAUUGCAGCAUGAUGAGCCCAUGGGCCCGUUUAAUGUCAAAGACCAACUCUACUUGAUGCCUGGUAAUGUAGGAUUUGAAUGUCAAUUGCCGGCGUCAGAAAAAAAAAUGAGACUGACAAAAAAGAUGGUCCCUGAACUGCUGCAUACCCCAUCGAGUCCUGAGAGAUGUAUUUCUGGACUACUUAUUAAAGAACUUGAUGACGCAGCCACGAAUCACAAUACCAGUAACGCAAACCAGGAUUUUGACAACUCAUUUGUGGAGUGUAUCAUGCAGUCAUGCCCUGAAAAACUAAAACAAGAUAUCCAAGACCUGUUUCCCGAGGCUCCAAGCUCUCAUGUGACAGUAGUCACGGUGAGUCAAAAGACAAAGAAUGAUAUGACCGCAUGGUGUUCUGCUGUGGAAGAAGAAAGAGAUCACAUGCUUGACAAGUUUAUAGAGGGAGCCAAGGAGAUCUGCUUCAUUCUGCAAAGAGAAGGAUUCUGGGCAGACUUCAUAGAGCCGUCUUCAGGCCUGGCGUUUUUUGGACCUUAUACAAACAACACAUUGUUCGAGACAGACGAUAGGUACCGUCUUCUGGGCUUUCAGAUUGAAGACUUGGGUUGCUGUCGAGUUAUUCGACAUCCUUUAUGGGGGGCACAUGCCUUUGUCGGAACGAUAUUUACCAAUGCACCACCCAGCCGCCUUGCCAUGAAGGAUUUCCAGGGCUUUUAAACAAAAGGCUAGAUGCUUUCAUGCAGUCAAAAUGUCCUUGGAUAUCUAUCUAUCUAUCUAUCUAUCUAUCUAUCUAUCUAUCUAUCUAUCUAUCUAUCUAUCUAUCUAUCUAUCUAUCUAUCUAUCUAUCUAUCUAUCUAUCUAUCUAUCUAUCUAUCUAUCUAUCUAUCUAUCUAUCUAUCUAUCUAUCUAUCUAUCUAUCUAUCUAUCUAUCUAUCUAUCUAUCUAUCUAUCUAUCUAUCUAUCUAUCUAUCUAUCUAUCUAUCUAUCUAUCUAUCUAUCUAUCGUCUGUGUGUUGAAAGGAAUAUUUGGUGGAUCAUAUGGAAUGCAUACAUGAAAACUACAAAAAGCCAAUAUAUUACUGUUUUAUAAUAAAAUCUCUAA